AUGCUACUAUGUCGAAAAGGUAUCCAUUUAGAAACACUAAAUGCUCAAUUGUGUCGUCCAUGUUACACAGAUUUAUUAGGUAAUAAACAACCAUCAUUAUCAUUAAGUAAUCUAAUGUGGAUUGGUGAUAUUCCCGAAGCAUUAAAAGACCUUACUUUACCUGAACAGAAACUAAUUGCAUUAUAUCGUCAUUCUAGUUGUGUCAUUAAAUUAUGUAGUAUCACAAGUGAUGCAUCACUAGCUCAAUCAGCGCUUAAGGGAAAUGUAAUAACAUUUCCACAAAACCUAUCAGAUAUUGCUAAGCAACUUCCUUUAUCAGUUGACGAACUACAUCAUACUAUUAAAAUUAUUUUUGUCGGUAAAACAAUUCCAAGUAAAGACCAAUUAAGAUCAAUACUUACUGUUCGUCGAGAAAAAAUUCGAACAGCACUCAUUUGGUUGCAUCGAAACAAUAUCCUAUAUAACAACAUAGAUAUUAAUCAUUUACUUAUUGAUACAUUACCAACAAACGAAAUACCGGAUUGUCUAUGGAAUACAAUGUCGUUCUUAAACCAAACAGAGACUUCUGAUAUGGAACGUUCCGGUUAUGUUAAUAAUGAUAUAAAUCCAAACGAAUUGUGCUUAAACGGUGUUGUUCCAUUGAAUAUGAGUGCUUUGAUCGAUACAAAUGCUACAUCGAUAUCAUCUAAGGAUAUAAGACACAAUUUAAAAUUACGGACCAAUAUUACUAAUGAAAUAACUAACACAGAUGAUAACAUCUAUGUUGUACCACAUGAACCAUAUCCAGUGAAUGAAUAUUUUAAUACAUCAUUUUUACCCGGAUUGUAUCCAACAUUAUUUCCAUUCGGCGUUGGUGGUGUUGAAAACGAACGUAGACCAGUACGUGUUUCAUAUGCAAAACAUAUUCGUUAUUUUUUGUCGUAUCAUGAUCAUCGUUUUGAAAUGAAUGCAUCAUUUAUUUUUGUGACAUUUAAUAUUUUACAACGCCGAACAGCAUGUACCAAAUCACGUCUACUUGUAUCAAGACCUUAUUUUAGCUCACAAGCUAAUGAGAUAAAUCAACUAACAGCUAAAGAAGUUAAAAUUGCUUUAGAUCAGAUUGAAUCAAAUUCGAACAUUUAUACAUUAAAUCCACGUUUAUCUUUAUUAUUGAAACAACUGAAAACUGUUUCUGGUAGUGUCAUGGGAUCAAAUCAAUCACGUUCUAAUUAUCGAGUAGAACUUCACUCACAAAUAUUUUUCUCAGGUCUACCAAACAUUUUCAUUACUAUUAAUCCAUGUGAUUUACAUCAUCCAUUAGCUAUGAAAUUUGCCGGUGUCGACCUUGAUAUUGAUAAUCUAACUCCUGAAUUAUUGCCAAAAUCACAUGAACGUGCAGCAAUCGUUGCAAGUCAUCCUGUCGCCAUUGCACGUUUUUUUAACAAACUUAUUACAACAGUUUUGUCUACAUUAAUUAAUUAUAAUAUUAAUAAACAUGAAUCAAAUCCUGGUGGUGGUGUAUUAGGUGAGAUUGAAGCUUAUUAUGGUACAGUUGAAGAAUCGGGCCGAGGUGCAUUACAUUUACAUAUGUUAUUGUGGCUUGCUAAUAGUAAAGAUCCACAUGAAUUGCGUGAACUAAUAUCAGAUGAUGUGAGUCAAAAGUAUUUCUUUAAAAAUAUGCUAUUUGAAUAUGUAGACGUCUGUCUGUUAAACAUUGGUAGUUAGUUUCUCUAAAUGUUCACAAAAAACAUUUUACCAUUUUACAAAUCAAUCAUUCCGUAGCACGUAUACUUUAAUAACUCAUAUGAAGAUUGUAAAACACUCAUCAUAUCCUGCAGGACAAGGUUCCAAAUCACGAUAGAAUGAAAACAAUAUACUGAUUUUAAACUUUUAUGAUUAUUUUCUAAUGAUUUAUAGUCGCUUCCUGAUGGAAAUCAUAUAAAUUUCGUUAAAAUUGAAUAUAAAGAUAUUCAAAAAAAAAAAUUGAAUACUGUUUCCCUCUGGCGAAGCUUUCUCUUCUUUUUCUCUCCAACCGAGUAUAUCCCUUUACGUGAAUUACUAUCUUAUAUACAAUAAUAAAUACUGUAUGUACACUACAAUAUGGUUCUUUAGAUUUUUCGAGAAAAUCUAAUCAACUACUUAGAAGAUAUUAUAAAAGAAGAUCUAGAUGCUUUUGAAAACAACAUUAGAGAAUCAAAUACAUGCAAUAUUGAAAAACAUAACCAUACAUCCAUAUCAAUAUGUUCGCCAAUACCUUCGCCUACUGAUGCAAAUUUUGACGAAGCCAAACGAAUAACUGUACGAACUUUAGCAUGUGAAAAUCAAUUUCAUCAUCAUACUAGUACUUGUUACAAAGAUGUUAGAAUAGCAACAACUGAUAAACCACCUUGUCGUUUGCGGUAUCCAAAAAAAAUGUAUGACAGU